AUGGAGGAUUCUCGCAACAUUGGCAUGCAUUUUACUCCCUCCAUACCAAACUCUGAACCUGGACAGCCCUUUUCUUGCGGCUUGGAACGUUACUAUGUUCCUUCGCCCAGUCUCUAUCUAUAUGGGAACGAGUGGGAUGGCUGGUGGGAUGAGGACCCCAUUAACAUCCCAAAUUUAACUGUCGAGCUAAUUGCCAAUCUUGAGCAUGCACCAGAGCCCUCUACUCAGCUACCAGAGGACCUCCAGCAAUUCAGAAAUCACAUUGAAGCAUUACCUCAGGAGGUCAAAGAUCAUAUCUGCUCAUUUUUUCAACAUGGCCAAACCUCGCUGGAGUGCACCUACUUGAUACCUCAAUCCAUGUGGAAGCAGGUCUUUUUCCAAAUUCCCUUCCUUUGGGACCUUGAUGCGCAAGUUGUCUGUGAGAAAACUGGCAAGGAAACUGCGGAGAUUGAAAAGUGGAAUUGGGAAAAGAUCACCAGGCAGGUAAUGAGUCCAGCACAGAUAUCAUCCCAUGAGGCACGGGAAGACAACGAUGGUGCAUGGAGCCACGAUAGGAUCGGUCUGCGUGUUCCUGGGGGAUUUACCAAUCGUCGACGAAUCUGGCAGAUUUUAGAGGAGAUGUACCCCAACGAUGUGCAGCAUUAG